GGAGUCUCUUACUGCAGUUUGUGCACAGAAUAGUGUCUGUAGAGCUUCAAAGAGCUUCACACAUACAGAAAUAGACCUUCCACAUUGCUAUGGGCCCAUUCACUCCUAAGGAGCACCUCCACCUUCUAGUUCUGCUCAUCUCCAUGUCCAUCCUGGUCUGUGAUGGAGGAAAGGUGCUGGUGGUCCCCAUGGAUGGCAGCCAUUGGGUCAACAUGGACUUCCUCAUCCAAGCCCUGCACCAGCGCGGCCACACAGUCACCGUGCUGCGCUCCAGCAAGAGCUGGUACGUAAAGGAGCGGGCCCCCCACUACGGGGCCAUAACUGUGCCAGUGAGCGAGGGCUUCGACGAGGACUUUGUGAACCCCGUCAUCAAGAGACUGAUCGAGGCCCAGAGGAGCAACAGCUCCAUGCUCAACUUCAUGGGUCUGCAUGCAGAGAUGUUCAACACCAUGGUCAAAGCCCACCGAAUCACGUGCGAAAUGGCCACUAAUAUUUUCGAGGACCAGGCCUUGAUGAGAACUCUGAAUGAGAGUCGGUUUGAUCUGGUUCUGACUGACCCCUGUCUUGGCACCGGGAUACUGUUGGCUCACUUCCUCCAUCUACCCCUGGUCUACAACGUAAGGUGGAUUACAGCUGGAGAAGGCCAUUUUGCAAUCGCACCCUCACCACUGUCCUAUAUCCCACUGACCGGACUGGGCUUGUCUGAUAAAAUUACUUUUCUCGACAGGACUAAGAACGUGCUCUUUUACCUGUUGAACGAGUUUCAUCAAUGGCUCAGAGUAAAGCCCCAGUACCAGGCCGUCUGCGACCGCUACUUUUCCCCGAAGGUCGACUUCUCUGAGCUCCUGCAGGCGGCAGAUAUCUGGCUGAUGAGAGUUGAUUUUGUGUUUGAGUUCCCGCGCCCGACGAUGCCUAACGUCGUCUACAUGGGGGGAUUUCAGUGUGUGCCUGCGAAGGUACUACCUGAAGAACUUGAGCUGUUUGUCGAGAGCUCGGGCGAGCACGGCGUUAUCGUCAUGUCACUCGGCACAUUUGUGAAAGAGUUGCCCCCGGACAUGACCGAUGAGAUAGCUGCUGCUUUCGCACAGCUGCCUCAGAAGAUCAUAUGGAGGUUCCCUGGCGACAGACUGCCCCCUGCAUUGGGCAACAACACCUUACUAGUCAAUUGGAUGCCUCAGAAUGACCUACUGGGCCACCCAAAAGUAAAACUCUUUGUAGCUCACGGAGGAACGAACGGCAUCCAGGAGGCGAUUUACCACGGGGUACCGGUAGUAGGGUUGCCUAUUUACUCGGACCAGUUGGAUAACCUUGUCCGGCUUCGGGAGCGUGGAGCAGCAAAGAUUCUGUCCAUCGCCACGGUGAACCGAGCCAGCUUCCUGCAGGCGUUGCAGGAAGUGCUCCAUGAGCCAUCCUACAGCGGCAACAUGCUGAGACUGUCCAGGCUGCACCGCGAUCAGCCCAUGAAGCCGCUGGACCGAGCCCUCUUCUGGAUCGAGUUUGUCAUGAGACACAGAGGGGCAGGUCAUUUGAGGACAGAGUCCUACAAGUUGCCUUGGUUUUCUUACUACUCAAUUGAUGUGGUGUUGGCUUUGCUGACUGUUAUGUUUACUCUGACUCUUCUUGUGGUUGCACUGGUUAGACAUUUAUGUGUGACACUCUGUUGCAGGGAGAGGAAAAGCAAAAAGGAAUAAAUUAUAUUUUCACAGUCUAUUUAUUAAAGGUUACAGGGAGUGAAGAUUUACCAGAGUA